GGAACUUUUGGGCGAGGCACGGCCCGUGCAUUAGUGUUGGCUAGUCAGUUAGUUGGUCAUGCAGAUACACUUUGCGUGAGGCAAUCAUAAGUAGAUACCUAAUCUUGUGUCUGGCCUGGAACCCUCAAGUAGUUCAGCUGAGUUACCAAUUGCCAAAACAGUCGCUGGGCAAGUCACUUGAGGCUCACAACUUAAACUCGGUCUCCUGUUUCUACAGACUGAUAUCUCACAUAGUUGACAUCAACAUGUCCAUUCUUGGAUCACAAUCAGGUCUCUUCGAACAAGCGUUGUCAUCCGAUGCAGAUGAAAACAAUGUCCCAAUGCAGCUUCUGGCAGAGACCGUAGACAGACGAAAGGCACAAAACCGCAUCGCCCAGAGAAAGCACAGACAGAAGCUCAAAAAACGCAUAGAGGAACUGGAGUUGCAACUGGAGUACGCGAACUUCAACUCCCGACCUAUCGUUCAAAAAAUGUCACUUCACCCUAUACCUAUGACUGCAGUGUCGUAUUCAAAUCCAACGGAGGACAAUAUAUUACCCCAUAUUGGCCACAUCGAAGACAUCUUUACAAAACCCAGCGGCCAAUUGGAAAGCCUUUGGAACCCCCAAGAACACAACUUGUUGUUUGGCGUAUCGCCCCCGUUUGGUCACAUCAGAAUGCCUUUGUCGGGCACAGAGCUGUCACCAUUACCGAUGCGGAACCUGACAGAUGAGACCUCGACCCAGGACAACUCCGUUACCAGGGGUUCCUCCUACGCUUUAGCCCCUCAUGCUAUAGAGCCACCGACAUCUUGUCUCUUAAUGACGUCGACAACCGGAGUAAAUGGAGAUGAAGAGAUUCACUCGGUCCCUGCUAUGAACCGGAGGCCUUCCUUGCAUCCGAAUAGUGACCUCCAAGAUCUUGAAGACUCAGCUGAUCCUCCUUGCUCAUGGAACAUGGAGCGCAAAGUUGCUUACAUUGUUGAUUGCGCCAAGGCGGUCGGGUUCCGCGACUUCGACUCAGCGGUUAUGACCUAUUACACGAACGCCUUUGAUAUUAUGUCCAGAGCCCAUGAUAUACAAAGAGUCAGUCGGAUCCGCGGGCUCGGUUCUGUCCUGCGUGCUAUUGAUACCAGUGCUGAGGCUUGGCCCGAGCACGAAAGCCACGGCUAUCGAGCCGAGAUCUUUAAAGCUGCCGAGCAUCUUUACAGGGCUGAGCUUCAGAGAGCCAUUGACGGCGGUGCGCUGAUGGUGCUAGAAGAACGAGUCAAGGAAGAUGAAAUGAAUCGGGCGUCGGCGGUUAGGCUUACGUCUCACAAGAGCGAACUUCUAUCACAGGUGUGUGCAUGCAUGUAUUCCUUUUCAAUUCAUAAUCCGAAAAAACAUAACAGCUGAGCGAAAUUGUUUUCCGGAAUUUAGCUACCAAACCUUUGGACGUUUCUACUGGAGCUCUCGGAAUGCAACCCUCCAACAUCCUUCAAGGCACUCCUGCAUCACUAUUUAUCCUAUCAGAAAGGCAUAGCUACCAACCAAAGAAUAUAAUGGGACUGGCCUCUGUAGUAAAAGCGGCUGAGUGGAUGGAUAUAAUUAUUUUUUAUACAUGUCCACAGAUCCUGUAUUUAAGAGACGAUUGUUGCUAGCGCCCGGAUCUAUAAGCACAGAAAUUACAAAAACACAAAUGUAAAAUAGA